GUCAGCUUUGUGUAGGUAUUAAUAUUUAGCUACUCCUCCCACUGAGGAUAGAAACUUAGCCUUUUUACUACCAUCUAUCGGUGGCCUUAAUCAGUUAACGGAUACAUUUUCCAAAAGCAUCGAGAGCUUACUGAUUUGAAUUCCUCAACCAUGCCUAUUUCAGACGACAUUGUUAAAGCAUAUCCUCCACGUGGCUCACUACAACAGUACCGACUCUCCCAGAGCACGAAUUUUCAGUGUACCCGUUGCAAGCAAGAUAAGAAAGCCAAGCUAGUAACUAUCAUUGAUGGAAACUGGGAUAACCUACUCUGCAACGCAUGCUAUGGGAAUAUACUUGCAUCGGGGAAACCCUUAGUUAUGUCCCAACGGAAAAAUUGGGCAUAAUCCCCAGACACCACCGAGAAUACAGACAAUCUGCGUUGAUAUAUCCUCGCUCUUAGGGCUUCCGGUAGCCCAUUUCAAUUGUCGAUAUUUUCUCCUAUGCCUCUAGGUGAGCCAUGGGAGGGUAACGGUAACCCGGUGAACUCGACAAAGUACAUCGGUCGCUUCUGUAUUAUUUAAGGAUUGGAUCUCCUUUAUCUCCUUCUUUCAUGAGAUACUGGACUGCUCGUUCGUCUUGGCUGAAAGUAACUUGUCCUUUUAAUUUUUCGGUCCAGUUAUACUACUUUCCUUCAUCCAGUCGUCUACGUGUAAGCCGCCCAAUGCCGUCUGCCUAGUUUUUAGGUCCUGGAUUUCGAAAAUGGCCUCGGGAGAGCUAGAAACGUCAUAUUGCUCACAAUUUACUUCAUCUAUAUCAAGAAAACCUAUGUUCCGCAAAUAUUUUGCUCUAUCCAGCUGUUCAGUUGAAUUGGUUAUAAAUAUGGCUGCUCCACGCAACUACAGGGGUUCUUUUUUUUUCUUUUCUUUCUUUCUUUUUUUUUUGAUUGAUAUGACUACGUCUCCCCGCGAUAGCUGAUUUCCUUCUGAUUUAUGAGAGGCUGAUAAAUUAGAUAAAGACGAAUGCAUAGGCGUUGUGAGAUGGGUAGCAACGUGGGCGAAUCCACGGAGAUUGAGUGUAUUUAAAAAGCGAAGAGUUAUAUUGGACCUCUAGCAGACCAUGCUAGUUCCUUGCUUAACUCUAGAUUUAGAAGGGAGGUGGACCCCAUAUUUCGAUAGAAUGACUGAGACUGUGUGUGCAUCUAGAUAAAUAGAAAAAAAUCUUGAGAAGUAAGGAGUCAACUUGAUAUAUUUAAAAACGGUGCUGGCCUGAUCGCAUAGAUGCUCCA